UCAAAUUUCAGGCCUUUCUUCAGUCCCAGAACACAUUAUGGACCCCCAAGGCUCGAAAAACGCAAUUAAUCAAGUUUCGCGCUCCGUUGAGAAGCAGGUCUAUAACCCUCCAGCAACCAACGGCUGGAAGCAAAUUGAAGUCAAAAACGAAGUGCACAAUAUUCAACGCCCGAAUGGUGCAGUCCAGGAGAAAAGAAUUCAAAAUGUGGUGUACAAGAAGUAAAUUUUUUGUGUUUUAACUUAUUUUAUUAUCACCGCCACGCACAAUAAUAAUAAACUUGUAACU